AGGCUGCGACGAGGAAGGCUCACCUAGACCCCUAACCAUAUCCGAUUCGGCGUUCCAUCGCCUCUGCGCGGGACGGGGGGCUUCGCCUAAUCUCGAGGUAUCCCGGGACACCCCGAUUUGAUGAUGAUUACAAGCUUGAUCGAUGGAGGCUCGACGGGCAGGGACACGACAUAAACACGAACGAACACACACCUACACUCACGCCCAUGGCUGACCGAGCCGACCACACCCCGACUAGCCCACUGAUAACCCCGGAGCCGCCUCCCGGCCCGCCGGAACCCGGAGCGUCGACUCGGCCACGGCCGCUCUUCGUGUACGGGGCGCUCUGCGCGCCCGCGCUGCUCGCGUGGGCGCUGACGGGGCGAGCGGGGCCGCUAUGCGCCCUGGCUCGGACGCGGGCGCGGGCGCACGGGCUGGCGCGCUUCUCGCUGCGCGGGCGGGACUACCCGGCGGCGGUGCGGCGGGAGGGGGAGGCGGGAGGGGAGAAGCCGUGGGUGGACGGGUACCUGGUGGCGGCGGCGACGGCGGGGCAGCGGCGGAUCCUGGACGCGUUCGAGGGCGCGGUGGGGGGGCGGCCGUCGCGGGUGGCGGUGACGCUGCUCGAGGGCGGCGGCAGCGGCGCCGUGGUGGACGCGGACGCGCAUCUCUGGGAGGGCGACGACGCCGCGCUGACGGGAGAGCCGUGGGACCCCGAGGUGUUCGUGCGCGAGCGCGUGGGCGUCUGGCUGUGCGCGAUCCGGGCGUUGGGGCUCAUGGAGGAGGAGGAGGCGGCGGAGGCGGAGAGCGAAGAGCGGACGGGCGUGUGA